AUGGGCAUCAAAUCAGAAGCAGAUGUGUCUCCGGACCGCUCGAUCGAGCAGCAUGGCGACGGCGACCUCCCCCAGCUCAAGAACACGACAGAGCGCCGGCUGAUGGCUAAGAUCGAUCUUCGCAUCCUCCCAAUGCUUAGCAUCCUCUACCUGCUCGCAUUUUUGGACAGAGUCAAUAUCGGAAACGCCGUCAUUUUUCACCUCAAGGAAGACCUGGGCAUCGUCUCGGGGACUCAGUAUAACACUGCCUUGACCAUCUUCUUCAUUCCUUACGUCUUGUUCGAGAUUCCGUCAAACUUGCUGCUCAAGAAGCUCAAGCCGCAUCUAUGGCUGGCUCUAUGCAUGUUCGCCUUCGGUCUCAUUACCUGUCUACAGGGAUUCACCAAAAACUAUGGAGGCAUUCUGGCAGCUCGCUUCUUCCUCGGUCUCGCAGAGACCGGCAUGUUCCCAGGAUGUUUCUACCUGAUGGGCAUGUGGUAUAAGCGAUCCGAAGCCCAAAAGCGAUUCUCCUUCUUCUUCAGCUCUACGACUCUCGCCGGCGCGUUCGGUGGCCUUCUUGCUAGUGCCAUUGGCAAAAUGGACGGUCUACGCGGCUACCACGGAUGGAGAUGGCUGUUCAUCAUUGAAGGCGCGUUCUCCUGCGUCGUUGCCAUCAUCUGGUUCUUCAUCCUGCCCGAUUUCCCAGAGGAUGUAAAGUGGUUGACCGAGGAGGAGCGUGACUUCAUCAAGGCAAAGCUGGCGAAGGAUGUUGGAAAGGCCGGACACGAGAAGUCGGUCACUUUCAAGGACGUUGUUUCUAUCGUUUCUGAUCCCAAGGUCUUGGUCGGUGGAUUCAUGUAUUUGGGCAUGAUCGUACCAGCAUACAGCUACGCAUACUUUGCUCCUACCAUCAUCAAGACUUACGGAUAUGGACCAAUUCAAACCCAACUAUACUCCAUUCCACCAUGGGCCGUAGCAUUCGUCUUUGCUAUGGCACUUGCCUACGUCUCUGAUCGAGUAGGACACCGAGUAUCGUUCGCUGUUCUGCCCAUCGCACUAGCAAUUGCUGGUUUCUCCAUCCUGCUCACCGUCCAUGGCGUCGCGAACAGAAACGUCCAAUACGGCGCCCUCUUCCUUAUUACCUGCGGAACAUACAGCGCCAUGCCGAUAAUAAUAUGUUGGUAUGCGAUGAAUUUAAGUGGUCACAAACGACGUGCUAUUGGCACAGGCUGGCAGAUUGGAUUCGGAAACAUCGGUGGCAUCAUUGCAACAUACAGCUUCCUCCAGAAGGACGCUCCACAGUUCAAGCCCGGUCAUAGCAUCUCUAUUGCCUUCCUCUGUGUGGCGGUCAUGUCUUCCUGCUUAUACCUGGUGCUGAUCCUGAGCCGCAACAAGAAGAAGGAUUCCCUAGGCGGUUCGACGCAGGCUCCUGACCAGGAGGACGGAGACCUAGGAGAUCUUAGCCCGAAUUACCGAUACCAGAUUUAA